AUGGCGGAGGCGCGCGGCGCGGUGGCCGCCUGCGUGGCCGCGGUGCUGGGGAGCCGCGGCGGCGCCAACCGCGUCUUCGAGAUCCUGGAGCUGCUGGCGGCCGAGCAGCAGGAGGCCGUGGCGAGCGCCGUGCGCGGCUGCGGCCGCCUCUUCGGGGCGCUGCUGGAGCGCGGGGAGCUCUUCGUGGGCCGCCUGCCCGCCGAGGAGGCCGUCCUGGACGGGCCCCGCAGCGCCGAGGACAAGUACAGGAUGUGGAUGCGGCACCGCUACCGCAGCUGCCUGGACAGCCUGGCCGAGCUGCUGGCGCACGAGGCCUUCCAGGUCAAGGAACUAGCGCUCUGCACCCUCAUGAAGUUUGUCGAGCUGGAGAUAAGGCACCCRUUGGUUGAGCCCGAGUGGAGGGGGGGGUUCACUUUUCCUCGUGAGCUUCUGAAGGUAGUUGUCGACGGACUGAUCCCCCUAAAUGAGGAUGCUUCGCUCCUGAUCUCUCGCUUCCAAGAAUACAUGGAGUACGACGAUGUUCGCUACUUUGUGAUGAAGGCYGUCACCGAGAGCAUCGGGCAAGUCAUGCAGAGGACAAAAGAGAGGCCACUGCCAAUAUACCAGCAGAACGUAUUUUCCCUCAUUUCACCCAUUAACAUGCCGAACAAAGAGCGGGACUUGAGCAAGUUCAUGGUGAAGCAAGAAAACCGGGAAGAGUGGAAAGUGUCAAAGUUGCAGGCGCACAAGCAGGCGUUUGAAAAGAUGUGGCUCAGCUUUCUGAAGCACAAGCUGCCCACUGGCCUUUACAAAAAAGUUCUUGUUAUUCUGCAUGACUCCAUUCUGCCGUACAUGAAUGAACCUACUCUUAUGAUGGACUUCCUGACAAUGGCCUAUGGCAUAGGUGGAGCAAUCAGUCUCCUAGCCUUAAAUGGAUUAUUUAUUCUGAUUCAUCAGCAUAAUCUGGAAUAUCCAGACUUUUACAAGAAGCUGUACAGCCUUUUAGACCCUUCUAUAUAUCACGUGAAGUAUCGAGCCCGAUUUUUCCAUUUGGCUGAUCUGUUUUUGUCUUCAUCUCACUUGCCAGCCUACCUGGUGGCAGCGUUUAUAAAGCGCCUCUCCCGGCUGGCCCUCACUGCCCCUCCCGAGGCUCUGCUCAUGGUCAUUCCCUUCAUCUGCAAUCUCUUCCGGAGGCACCCAGCUUGCAGAGUGUUAGUGCACAGGCCUGACGGGCCCGAAGAUUUGUCAGAAGAUCCAUAUAUUAUGGAGGAGAAGGAGCCGUCUGAAAGCAGGGCUUUGGAAAGCUCCCUCUGGGAGCUACAGUCUCUACAAAACCACUAUCAUCCAGAUGUGGCUCAAGCAGCUGCUGUCCUGAACCAGUCACUGUCAGAAAUAGAGGACAACAUAUCGGGGCUCUUGGAGCUCUCUGCUUGUGAGCUUUUUGAUAGAGAAAUAAAGAAAAAAAAAGCUGAUGUGCCCCUGGAGUUUGAGCCCGUGAGAGGUUUGUUUGGGAAAAAGAAUGAUAUCUUCGCAGAGCACUUCACAUUAGAUUGAUAUGACCCUUAAUAAACACAUCUGCACAACUGAUUGACCUUGGGGACAUGCACAAAACACAUGUGCUCUACUGGGUAUUUGUGUCUUCUGCAAUACCUCUGAAGUUGUGAGAGCUGGACUGCUCGAGACGGGUGGUGCCUUCUUUAGUGACCGUCGCCAGCGUCCACAGGUUGCGGCUGCUGCUUGUUAUUUGUUUUGGCUGCUUGUUUCUCACUCUUGGGUGUUGCUGCCUCAUGCUUGGAACAGACUUUUCCACUGAGCGAAGUUUUCUGGAGAUAUUUAUGGAAUUGCAGGUGUCUUUUUCUCAAGCAACUAGAGCUGGCUGUGAUCAUUGACWGCAUGAGCAGAGCAUCCUGCUGCCCUCAUAUGGAACUGAGGGAAGAUUUGGCCUCUGAGAGCUGUUCUUCUUGCCCAGCUGUGUUAGUUCUACACUAAGUCUGGCAACUGCUUGCCACAAGUGACUUCUAUGUAUAGCUGUAAACGCCUGGGGAUAUUWCAUAUAUGCUCUUAAACUAUCCUCUAAUGUUUAAAUUCCAUGUAUUAGUCUUAGGUUUGUAAAAAACAUCUCACAGAUUAUGCUCACUAAUUCCAUAUGUGACAUUGCGUAUGUUCCUUCAUGUACAGUUGUGUCAUAUUCUCAAGUUGCCCAAUGUGAAAAUGAGGCUUAGAAAUGAGCAUAAUCUAGGUGAUACAGGGAUCUGCCUGCUUAGCUGGAGUGCAGCGGGAGGUAGAUCUAAUCCUUGGGGUUUGUUUAUUUAUUUAUUUUCUGCACAGUGGUAAGCAGCUUAAUGUAGUUUUGCUUGCAGCUUGCAAGCRUUGUAAGAACUCUGGCAGGUGUCUACUCAAGCGCAGUCAAGUUUUAACUAGUGACCCCUGAUGCCAGGUGGCCUUAUCGAUUCAGAUUUUGCUUGUAUUUUGAGAUGUGAUGCAGAAAUACCUUCUGAUGGUGUUUCCCAAGAUACUAAACGUUCUGACUUCCUCUUACACUCCUUGUUAAGAAUGCAGAUAGAUUGACUGAACGUUUGUUUCCUCACACCAUUUUUAAUAAUAUUCUUGUCUCGCCAGGCUUUUAACUCUGCUUACGGUAUUUUGAAAUCAUAAUUUGUAAAGGAAAGAAG